UCAAAUAAAGUUAUUAUUGGCGGCAGAAAAUCAAAAUUAGCUGUUAUACAGUCUGAACUAAUUAAAGGCUCAAUCCUCCAUCACUUUCCCAACUUGGAUAUUCAAAUCAUCGCCCUAUCCACUCUCGGCGACAAAAUUCAAAACAAGCCUUUAUACUCUUUUGGUGGGAAAUCCCUAUGGACAAAAGAAUUGGAAAUCCUUUUGCUAACUAAUUUAGUCGACAAUUCGAUUAACCUCGAUCUCCCUAGAAUCGACCUCAUAGUCCACUCCCUAAAGGAUAUGCCAACUUUCUUGCCUCCUCAUUUUGAACUAGCUUGUAUAUCUGAAAGAGAAGAUCCCUCCGAUGCUGUUGUCAUGCCUUCCUAUUCUCCCUAUAAGUCCCUAUCCGAUUUGCCCUCAAAUUCCAUUGUUGGUACUUCCUCCAUCAGAAGAUCAGCUCAAUUGUUGAAAAAUUUCCCUUACUUGAAAUUCCAGUCCUGCAGAGGAAACGUUCUUACAAGAUUGAACAAACUAGAUGACCCAUCAUCAGAAUUCGAUUGUCUAAUUCUAGCCACUGCUGGCUUGAAAAGACUAGACUUAUCCCAUAGAAUAACCUAUACCCUUAACUCAAAAAAUGGCAUGUAUCAUGCCGUUGGCCAAGGUGCUUUAGGUAUAGAAAUUAAAAAAAAUAACUUUUAUAUCAAAAAAAUAUUAAACAAAAUUCUAAAUUUAGACGCAACUGCUUGUUGUUUGGCUGAAAGAUCCUUAAUGAGAACCUUAGAAGGUGGUUGCUCGGUCCCAAUCGGCGUGGAAUCAGAAUUCAACAAUAACAUCCUCCUCCUAAAAGCCAUUGUAAUAAGUGUCGAUGGUAAAAAAUUCGUUGAAGAUCAAUAUUCUUUAGAUUUUUCUCCUCUAAUAUCCAAUACCAACAACAACAAAGAUAAUAUACAAAAAAUAUCAUAUAAUGACCAAUUUGUCCAAUAUGCUGAAUCUGUCGGAAGAAUUUUAGCCAAUAAUUUGAUAGAUAAAGGUGCAAAAGAAAUCCUUAAUGAAAUUAAUUUA